CGGCUCUCACCAAAUCUCAAACGCCCAAGGUAGAGAUAGUGCGAAAAAUACAUACGGGUGGGGAAGUGAACAGAGCAAGGUGUAUGCCGCAGAACACAUCUAUCGUUGCAGCUAAAACUAAUUGCAGCGAAGUUUACCUGUUCGACUUUGCCAAGGUGUAUACCUGUUCGAGUAAUAAUGAAGGUGGUUCCUGUGACCCUGACUUGAGAUUGAAGGGCCAUGAUGAAGAAGGGUAUGGCUUGUCAUGGAGCCCAUUCAGGGAGGGAAUUCUUUUGAGUGGUUCAAACGACUGCAAAAUUUGCUUAUGGAACAUAUCAGCCUCACCUAAUGAUAAGGUGCUCGAAGCAGAUUUCAUCUAUCAGGCACAUCAAAGCGUGGUUGAAGAUGUCUCAUGGCAUUUAAAGAAUGAAAACAUGUUUGGGUCUGUUGGAGAUGAUUGCCAGCUAAUUAUUUGGGACACUCGCACAAAUAAGCCCCAGCACUCUGUCUUAGUUCACGAAAAGGAGGUCAACUAUCUAUCCUUCAAUCCAUACAAUGAGUGGGUAGUUGCAACGGCAUCUUCAGACACUACAGUUGGUCUGUUUGACAUGCGAAAGUUGAACGCUCCAUUGCACAUCUUAAGCAGUCAUACGGAUGAAGUAUUCCAGGUGGAAUGGGAUCCUAAUCAUGAAACGGUGUUGGCAUCUUCUGCUGGUGACAGAAGGUUAAUGGUUUGGGAUAUUAAUAGGGUAGGAGAUGAGCAGUUGGAAGGAGAAGCUGCAGAUGGCCCCUCUGAACUAAUCUUCUCUCAUGGGGGUCACCAAGCUAAAAUAUCUGACUUCUCUUGGAAUAAAAAUGAGCCAUGGGUCAUCUCAAGUGUUGCAGAAGACAAUACUAUUCAAAUUUGGAAAAUGGCAGAUAAUAUUUACAGUGAUGAAGACGGCGAGUUGCUUACCAAUAGAUCUUGAAAGUCAUGGUUUUCUGUUCAGAUUUGUUUUUACUGGAAAGGGGAUGAUAAUUCGCGCAUUAUAUAAUUGAUCUCUUACAUUCACAGAACAUCUGUUAAAAAAUUGUUGCUUAUUCGCUUAGUGCUCUUAUGAGAAUCAAUUCAUCUUUUGGUCCUCUCCAACUGUACAACACAUAAGUUACAUUUGGGCAUUUUGAAAUGGAUAUAUAAUGUCAGCAUAAUCUUUAAGGCUA